AUGGCGUCACCUUCUUCGCUGUCUCUUGCCACCGUCUCACGUAGAGGAUCGAGAUCUCCGAGCAAAAAGGCCCUGAUGAAUCCGAGUUUUACUGACCUUCCAUCAGACCUGUUACGUAUGAUAAUGUCUCAUCUUGUCUUAGAAGACAACAUCCGUGCAUCUGCGGCUUGUAAGUCAUGGUGUGAAGCUGCUGUAUCUGUCCGUAUAGUAGAAAAGCAUCCUUGGCUUAUGUGUUUUCGUAAACGUGGCAACUUGGUUGAACUCCGCGAUCCAUUACAGUGGAAUUUGUACACUUUGACUCUGCCAGAGUUAGCUGAAUCCACUAUGUGUUACUCGAGAGACGGCUGGUGGUUACUUAUGGAUAAAAUUGGAUCGAAAGGUUUAUCCGGCAAAUCCAUUUGUCCCACACGGACCGCAGUUAGACCGUACUGCAUUAUCAAAUCGUUUGUCCUGCACUACUAA